AUGGGUAACCAAUCUGUUUCUCUCGUUUUAUUGUCACAUUUAAUUAUUUACACCUUACCUUGUGCAUCAGGUUUGCUCUAAAUAGAAUAUUGCGCUGCCAUUAGCUAAUUUGUAUUCCAGCUAGAACAGCCUUUCCCAGAAGACAACUUCACUUUCCCAACAUUAGCACAACGGAUGCGACAUUGACGUCGACCAUCUCUAGUACCAUUGACCAGACCGAUCACGAAAUCACACCAGCACCUCAACCAAAUACCGAAAAGUUUCAAUACGAGGGCUCGAUGAUCUAUGGCGAGCCCGAAGAAUGUUUUAAUCCAAAGUUCGUGAACAGCUUGUCCCGUUGGAUAGGCAACCAAACAGUGCCAUUGCCACAGAACGAAUGUUGGGAGAAAGAUAAUUCUACCGGGACAUCUUGUCGCAAAUACCACGAAGUCUCGGUGUAAGUACACCUCACAGAGAAAAACUUGCUGAUCUGACCCUUAUAAAGAGAUGUUGGACCCGUACAGUUAUAUUAUUUUCUACCAGCCGAUUUAUCUAAUACAACACGCGCCUCGACAUAUUAUGACAAUAGUCUAGAUUAUACGUUGUGAGUACUGUAACUCCUGUGGAGGAAGCACAAUGCUAAUUGUACAGCACUUCUCCAUCAGUUUAUAUGUUAUGGGAGGCAAUAUCUGCAGUACAAAAAUGCGACCAGACGAGCUGGUCAUUCCGAUUGCAUCUGGGCUCCUCUUUAUCAACUCACACCUUCACAGACGACGACGUUCGUACUAUCGGACCAGUACUACGUAAUGUUAUUCACGCGUUCGACAUUACCGAGAUAACUACCUACAAACCAUCUUCUAGCGUGCAGAAGCAUGGAACUCGGCCAAUUUACCCCAUAAGCGAUAACAUAAGCCAUAGCACAAGCGCAACCACCAGCAUGCUCGCACAGGAUACCUACUUAGCAGAUAUGACCUUCCCAACUGCAGAUAAAGAGAUAUAUUCUUCAGUCGUCCCUGAAUUUACCUCCGAUCCAGACGCUGUCUUAGCUUCAGCCCAACUUACUCUUUCGGAUCUAUUUUGGAAUUGCCCACGAUAUUCCGCCGAUGAACUAUUUAACAUGACUUCAGAUGUAUGGCUGAAUUAUCAACGCUGUAACCCAUACAUUGUGGUCCCGGAGAUAAUUAAGGAGUUUGGAAAAGCUUGGUGGACGAGUGGCUACAUAGCCCGGGCAUCUGAUGGAACACCAGAUCCCCCACACGCCCUACAAGCUGCCCCAGCGAAUUAUCUCACACCCGAAUCUCCUGUGCCCUCACUCAGCAUGCAACCGGCCAAGCCAGUUGCGACGGCGAAUACACCUCCCGUGUACACCAAAAGACCUUAUCCCGUCGAACCUAAGUCAAGUCUCUUACUUACCAACCCCGUGCAGCUAGAAACAAUACCACUGCCGAACAGUGCAGAGCAUUAUCCUUCAGAUACUACCUUUGGAUCCGACAAUCCCAAACAAGAACAUAUCCCCCUACCAGGCAACGUCGAAAAAUACCCAGGAAAUGGAAAAAUGGAGGCAACAACGGACUCAGAACCGGGAAAUAAUCCUGCUUCGAAUGCUGUCAGGCCCAGUCAAAUUCAUGAAUCAAGUAAGCAGAGGUCAAUUCCUACUUCAGGUAGCAGCAUCACCGCAAGCAACACCGUGCCCUUGCCCGCACAAGACAAGCCAAUCUCGGCAAUUUCAGUGACUUCCAUCAGUACAGACUGCGUCUUAGCCUUUCCGAUUGCCAAUGGCGGCAAUAACGAAGGAGGCUUCGUCAUUCCUGGAGGAUCAACGAUCAAAGCAGGCGAUAUAGCAGCACUUCCACAAGAAGACAACGAUGAAAAAACGGUGGUGUACUCAGUUAAUGGAGCUGGGAACUUGAUAGUAAGCUCCAUAGGAGCCAUAACCGCAAGUACAAUUGCCCCUCCAGAUGCAGUGAAAGAGGAUUCGGUUAUCCCUCCCUGUCGACUCCAGAUACGAUAG